UCCCUAAACUUAAACCUGCUAAAGAUGGAGAGAGAAAAUCAAAGAUAGAAAAGAAAUAGAAACUGAGAAAGAAAGAAGGAAAGAAAGUUUUGGUUUUUUUCAUAGCCACCAUUUAAGACCAUAUAUUAUAUAGAUAAAUAUACAGAUACGCGCUCACAAGAUGCGUACUUUAUAAGCCAUUUUCCUGACCUUCACCUUCUCUGUACACUUACAAGCUCAUGUUCACUGCUCAAACCCUAGAUCUUACACUGUUCUUUAUCUUUUUAUUGUUUUUCUUUAAUUUUUUUUUACAUUGCUGUUAAAGUAUACCCAUUUGCAGAUAAACACACAAUUAACAUACUUUCUUUCUUUUUAAUUAGAUCUGCUCAAUUCACCUUUUCUUUUAAGCAUUUCCUCUUAGUUACUUACAAUUCCCCGCCACCACCUGUGGAUGAGAAUUAUAUUUAAUGUUGUAGUAAGAGAGACUUCUGGAUCGGUGCAUAUCUAAAUACCCACUUCUUAAUAUGCCUCAAUUUUCUUUCUUUUUGUUGUGAAUUUAGUGAUGCUUGUUGCCAAAUUUGCAGGGAGAAUGUUUCAUGAUAUCUGAAGUUUAUUGUUAUUUUUUGGGGUUGAGAUUUUAGUGUUUGAUUCCACGUGAUCCGCUUAAAUUGAUUCAAGAUUUUACAUUUUUGUUUGGUAGAUUAGAUCUGGGAUUUUUGUUCUGAUGCUUUAUAUGUGGUAGUUUUGGAUUUUUAGUUACUGGGUCAUCAAAUGGCAAUGCCACCGGGAAAUGUGGUCUUAUCAGAUAAAAUGCAGUUUCCCGCUGGUGGCGGUGGCGGCGGGGGAGUUGGAAAUGAGAUCCACCAGCAGCAUCACCAUCGCCACCAAUGGUUCACCAUCGAUGAGCGUGACGGGUUUAUUUCGUGGUUGAGGGGGGAGUUUGCGGCUGCCAACGCGAUCAUUGACUCCAUCUGCCACCACCUGCGCUGUGUUGGGGAACCAGGUGAAUAUGACAUGGUUAUUGGGUGUAUACAGCAGAGGAGGUGCAAUUGGAACUCUGUGCUGCAUAUGCAGCAGUAUUUCUCGGUGGGGGAGGUGAUUGUUGCGUUGCAGCAGGUGGCAUUAAGGAAGCAACAGCAGCAACAACAAAGGUAUUAUUAUGAUCAAGCGAAAGUUGGGGGAAAGGAGUUUAAGAGAUCGUGGAGUGCUGGGUUUAACAAAGGACAUAAGGUUGGUGGUGAGGUAGUGAAAGAAGCGGUUAAUUCUAGUGUAGAAAGUCAUAGUUUUGAUUGGAAUUCUUCAGGGAAUGGUGGGAAUGACAAAUUCGAGGAGAUCAAAUCAGGUGGUGAUGGUGAGAAACUGGAGGAUAAGAGUCGAGCACUUGCUGAGGAUAAGAAAGAUGCUGUUGCAAAGCCACACAUAGAUAACCACAUGAAGGGUUCAGAAAAUUCAGAAGGAACCUUGUCUGAGAAUUUGGAAGCUGAGUCUGAGGCUAUGGAUAAGCAAUCCAGUCCAAAAGAGAAUGAUGCUCGUUCCACUCAGAAUCAGAGUGUGAAGCAGAAUCUCACUGUAACUCCAAAAACAUUUGUUGGUUCAGAGAUAGUUGAUGGAAAGACGGUUAAUGUGGUUGAUGGGCUCAAAUUAUAUGAGCAAUUGCUUGAUGAUGUGGAAGUUUCGAAGCUUGUUUUGCUGGUUAAUGAUUUGAGAGCUUCAGGGAGAAGAGGACAAUUUCAAGCAGGUCAGACAUAUGUGGUCUCCAAGAGACCUAUGAAGGGACAUGGUAGAGAGAUGAUUCAAUUGGGUCUUCCCAUAGCAGAUGCACCUGCAGAAGAUGAAAAUGCUGCAGGGAGUUCUAAAGACCGCAGAGUAGAAUCCAUCCCAACCAUGCUGCAAGAUGUCAUUGAUGGUUUUGUAAGCAAGCAGAUAAUUACCAUGAAGCCCGACGCUUGCAUAAUUGACAUAUAUAAUGAGGGUGAUCACUCACAGCCUCACUUGUGGCCUCCAUGGUUUGGCAAGCCUAUUUCUAUGCUUUUCUUGACAGAAUGUGACCUGACUUUUGGAAGAGUAAUCUCAGCAGACCAUCCUGGGGAUUACAAAGGCUCUCUCAAGCUGCCUCUUGCACCUGGAUCCCUCCUUGUGAUGCAAGGCAAAUCCACAGAUUUUGCUAAACAUGCAAUUCCUGCAAUCCGAAAACAACGCAUACUUGUUACCUUCACCAAAUCUCAACCCAAAAAAUUUGCACAAAGUGAUGGCCAAUGGCUAUCUUCCUCUGCUGCAGCCCCAUCUCCCCACUGGGGUCCCCCACCAAGUAGAUCACCAAAUCACAUUCGCCAUCCGGUGCCCAAGCAUUAUCCAGCUAUUCCAUCGACUGGUGUAUUGUCUGCUCCGCCUAUUCGGCCACAAAUUCCCCCUCCAAAUGGUGUUCAACCACUCUUUGUCACUGCUCCUGUUGCAGCUUCAAUGCCUUUCCCUUCACCAGUUCCUAUUCCCCCUGUUUCUACUGGAUGGCCUGCAGCUCCUCCAAGGCAUCCUCCAAAUCGUUUUCCUGUCCUUGUCCCUGGCACUGGUGUUUUCCUUCCUCCACCAGGUUCUGGUAAUGCAUCAUCUCCACAGAUAUCAACAGCUACAACUGAAAUAAACUUUCCUGUGGAGACAUCAUCACUGCCAGAUAAGGAAAACGGAAUAGGGAAAGCUAAUAUUGUUACAUGUGCUUCUCCAAAAGAGAAAUCAGAUGGAAAGACUCAAAGACAAGAUUGUAAUGGAAAUACAGAUGGAAGGGCUGUGACACAGGAAGAACAACAGCAAAAUGUUGAUCAUACAGUGGCAAACAAGUCAACUGGAACAGUUUAGAGAGAGAGAGAGAGAGAGAGAGAGAGAGAGAGAGAGAGUAUUUUGUCGAAAAGGAUAGGCUGCAAUUGCAAUGAGUUUGAAGCAAAUGUAAAGAGCGGCAACAUUGGAGACUUGGACACUUGAUACUAGGAAGGGGGACAAAGGGUAGGAAGAGGAACUUCUCAAUUCUCUUUGCAAUCCUUUCUGUUCUCUUUUCCUUUUUCUUUUUGUUGUCUUAUUAUAUCAACUCACACUAGGUGGAAACCUCAUCCUUAAUUCAACUUUUGUUCAGAAUUUUUGUUAUACAUGUUAAAAUCUCCUUGUUUUCUUGGAAUUUUUGUUGUACAAGUGGCCAAAUGAUGAAUCCGACUUUAUACUUGGCUUUUCA